AUAUAUUGCGAUGUUGAAAUAACCAGAGAAUUUGUGAAAUCAUAAUUCAUAAUCACGAUAUGUGUAAUUCUAAUUGUCACGAGCAAAGUGAAAGUAGAAAUUAAUUUUUGAUUUAUUGAAUUAUAUUUGAUCUGUGACGGAAAACUGCUUCAAAGCUCAAGAAAGAAAAUGGCAGGUGUGACGAUGAAGGGUUCCAUGAACUUUGUAUGGGAUUUACAGAAUGUAUUGGGACAUGGAGCCACCAGUGUCGUCUAUAUGGGACGCAGCAAGAGGACCUUUCACAAGGUUGCGGUAAAAGUAUUUAGUCCUGCCAGCUUUAAUCGUCCAAUCUCCAUACAGACAAGAGAAUUCGAAGUGAUGAAAAAAUUAAAUCAUAAGAAUAUUGUUCAACUACUCGCUAUUGAAGAUGAAAAUCAAACAUAUAACAAAGUUAUUGUAAUGGAAUACUGUGCACAUGGUAGUUUAUUUAAUUUGUUGGAGGAAUCCAAAAAUAGAUUUGGUUUACCAGAGGAAGAAGUUUUGUUGGUUCUACAGCAUGUUGCCAGUGGUAUGAAACAUUUACGUAGUAACGCUGUUGUACAUCGUGAUGUAAAACCAGGAAAUAUUCUACGAUGUAUAGACCCUGAUGGCAGAUCUGUGUAUAAAUUAACUGAUUUCGGAGCAGCAAGAGAAUUACAAGAUCAAGAACAGUUUAUAUCUCUAUAUGGAACAGAAGAAUAUUUGCAUCCACAUAUGUAUGAGAAAGCUGUAUUACGGAGAGAUAACAGUAAAAUAUUUGAUGCAUCUGUCGAUUUGUGGAGUAUUGGUGUAACUUACUAUCACAUGGCAACUGGAAACCUUCCAUUUCGUCCGUUUGGUGGUAGACGUGAUAAAGAACUCAUGUAUAAGAUAGUGAGUCAGAAAGAACGAGGUGUAAUAUCUGGUAUACAACUUAAAGCCAAUGAUCCAAUAAUCUGGAAUCGAGUAUUACCAAACACCUGUACUCUAUCUCAGGGUUUACAAAUUUAUCUAAUUCCAUUACUGGCAUCGUUAUUAGAAAUCAACCCAGACCAUAUGUGGACAUUUGAAACAUAUUUUGAGACUGUUGACAGUCUUUGUAGUAAAUCAGUGGUCCAUGCUUAUUGUCCUAACAUGUCUUCAAGUCUUAAAAUAUACCUUAAUACCGAAGACAGUUUAUCUAAAUUACAUGAGAACAUCACGAAACAGACCGAUAUAGAGAAAGAAAACCAGCUAUUGCUGUUUGAGAAUCGACAUAUAGAAGCAGCCAUUGACUCAUUACUUACAGUCAAAAAUUACCCAGAUAACAUUACUGUACAUAAUCCUAUUUUUAUCUUUAAUAAGAUUGAAGAGUUUCAUGCAUAUCCUGAUCCAGGUUAUAUAGCUCCAUUUCCACUGAUUAAUGAUCAGCCUCAUGCAAACUUAGAAUUAGAUUACCGUACAGCAAGAGAGUGUUGUAGAAUAGGUCAUUCUGUACAAGCAGCAAUAUCUACCAUAGUACAACAAAAUAAAUUACAACAUUUAGCUGUUAAGCAAUACAGUAUUGAUUUAAACCAAGGAAUUCAAACAGAACAUAGCAACUUAGACCAUGUGACACAGUUUUGUGAAACAACAAAAGCAUGGUUUAGAAAGUUUAUAAAAAUUAUUUCUCUACAAAUCAACUCAAUACGUAUCCUCUUUAAUAAAAAUCCUGUCGAACCUUUACAAGAACUUAUUACCCGCAUAGAACAGAUUCAAACAGAAGCCAUGACAGAAUUUGACUCGCGUACAAAACAGAUUCAAGCAUUAUUAGAAGAAUUGAGAUUAUCUAUAAAAAAAUUAACAACAUCUCAUCUGGAGGCAAAACAACUUACUAUGGAAUGGAAAUUUACAGAGGGCUGCCUUUCUGUUGAUAGAUGUCCAGAAAUUUUGAACCAGCUUGUGAUUAAACUGGAAGAAUCUACAAUGACUUUAAAAGAAAAUCGAGCUAAAAGAAUAUUACCUUAUAACGAUGAACAGAUACAUAAAUACGAAAGGUUGGAGAUAAAGAAAAUAUCCGAAGAAAUCAAGAAACGACUAACGACUCAUUGUUGUCCACGGGCCCAUGAUUUAUAUAAUGCUUAUCAAGUUUGGUACAGGAAAGCUACAGACAGUCGAAGAGAGAGUGCCAAGAAUAAAACAAGAAUGAAGAAUCUAAUCCAGUUACAGAGUUCAUUUUAUGAUAAAUUUAAUGAACUGAUGCAGUGUUUUAUUAGUGUAUUAGAUGAUGGUGCACCUGAUAAUGAAACUAAAAGUUUAAUGUUGGUGGCAUCACAGAGUUUUGCUAGUGCUAGUGUUAAUGAUACCAAAAAAGAUGAAUCUAUGAGAAGACAAGUUGCUGGAGAUAUAUUGGAUGGGUUAAAAACUACCAGAAGUUCAGUUGAAGAGAUGGUACAGUUAGUUAAAGAAAAUAAUACUAUUAUUGAAAGGUUUGGAUCGUUAUCCUCACUACCUGAAGAAUGGGACUAGAUUGCAUGACAAGAUUAAAGCGAGGAUUAUGUGUAAUUAUAUUAGGUACCCAACUGUGAUAUGAUUUUUACUUUGAGGAAAUACGUGAUUAUACAUAUUAACUGCUUCUUGUAUAAAGGUGGCUCACUUAAUUUAUUAUUACUGGAAAUCACUUUUCUGGAACCAAUAUAAAUUGAUUGAACAACUAUUGAAUUCAACACAGAUAACUUGACUGUUACAGAUUGUUGUUACAAUUUGUAAAGUGUGACACCAUGAAUCAAGCACACCUCAAUAAUCCUGGAUUUUUAUGCACACACUUUUUAAUGUGUGAUUUUAAAACUAGCACCGACAACUUGUAAAAGACAAGCCUCUGUGUGUGUUUUAGAUAUGUGAUACAGUGAAUCAAGCUAGUGCAAUACCUCCACUAAAUAUAAAAAGUAAAUUUGUAUAAAGAAAUAAUAUGAUAACCAGAGCCCUGCUUUUAAAGGGACCAUCCCAAUUUUAACAGUCUCAGAAAUAAAAGUCUGUUUACAUAUGAAAUCUAAAUACCAAAAUAUAGAGGAAUAGUGUAUUUCCCUUCUCUCAAAAUUUUACCUCAAAAUAUUCAGUCGUUUGGAUGUGAACGUCAAAACCGCAUAUCUGGACAUGUAACCCUCUUAAGAUUUUGGGUCAAUUUUUUCGUUGGGUGACCUGAUAAUCUAUUGCCGUUCCCUUAGAGGUCUAUACAGUGCAUGAGCCACAUGCUGUACUUGAUAACGUAAGGUAAAUUUCAACUACUGGUACACAUUAUUUUUUAAAAUAAAAGUCUGGUUUUAUCCAGACACCGUAUAAUACAGCUUGGGACACCGAUCUCCAUUUAAGUUGUUUGAAAAAUGUCACGUAUAUUGAGUUAGGUAUAUUGAGUUAGUUGCUCAGCGCUAAAAUAGAGGAUUUUUAAGGGCUUUUAACACAAAAUUAAGCAGUUUUAUUCUUCAAAAUAUAAUCGAGAUUAGCCCUAUAACACAGUGUAGUUCAUGCAAGUCUAUAUAAUAUAUUGUUUGUAAUGAUUGUCUUGACAUGAUGGUGACCAAGGCAGCUAGAGUAAUAUUAAGUCUACUGAAUGCAUGGCAGUUAUUAGUGAAUUUAGUAGAAUAUACUUGUACAUAGUUCUAGUGAUAUGGGUAUGGAUUAUUAAUGUUUAAUAUAAAAAUAUCAAUAUCUAUAAAGAUAUUGUGAAUAUUGAAAUGUUUAAUUGUCAUUGGGAGCAAAUUACCGAGCAAAUAUUUUGUUACAGAAUUAGAAUUUGUAAAGCUACCAUAUGUAAGAUAUACCGUAUAUUCUUGAGUAUUAAGACACUUUUUUUACCAAUUAUUAUAUUUUAAAUGUUAAGCAUUUCAGUCAAACAAGAGCUUUGGUGAUGAAGAUACCAAGUUUUACUGGGUCCAGUCAGAACGGAUCCUACAUUGCAGUUGUACAUUCUUACAAAAACUAGUCACUUCCAUUGUGUGUUUGUUGAUUGCUAUUACAUGUAUUUAAAAAAAGGUAUUUUAUUGGCAGAGUGCAUGACAUCCAUAGAGCUUUAUAAGAGGUGCAUAUUAAACACAUGUAUUUAAUUUUUUAAAUUCACCUUGGGUCUUGUCUUAACAUGUGAUAGCUUCCUGUACACUUGAAAAUAUAGAUAUUGUUGAAAAUAUUGACUGAAGUUCAGUAGCUUAAAUCAUAUCCCAACAAAUUCUAUGGAUUUAGCUAUUGCACUUUCUUUGUGAUUGAUAGCCUAUUAUAAUAUUUAUGAAAACUUUGGGAUGGUGACAGUUUGACGACCUGAAAAUCGACAUAAAAUAUCAAAUUAAAUAAUUAUAAAACUUUUGUAGACCUAUUAUUUCCAGAAUUUUGCAUACACCACUGGUCAGGUUAGUGCGCCUGUGAAAGUGUGUAUCUGAUGUAAUUUCCUGGAGAGAGCCAGGGUGGCUCAGUCAGUCAGGCACUGACUCACUAACCAGGAGACCCUGGGUUCAGUCCCAGUGAUGCCCACAAAAAUUCCCUGGUAAGUGGUGCAGGAAGUAGGGGUCUGGCAAGGAACAAUGUCUAGUGACUAGUUGUGCAGAUGGCAUAAAAAAAAACAAGGACCUGUAUGUAUACUAAUGAUGAUCGGUGUACGUUUGUAAAUAGGUGAAGGAUACCUUUAUUAUAGAACUUUUAAAAAAUUUAUAUACAAAUAGCAUUUUAAUAGCAAAAGUAAUUUUAUAUAUACAGGUAAAUGGCUAUUGUUUGAAUCAUUUUCCAUUUGACACAGCUUGACUCCUGUGUCUUCAAAUGGCUGCUGAUACUGUUGUAAAGUUUAGAGUGCAAUGAAUGGUAGAAUAUAUCUAUAAUAAUGCAUGUCUAAGUAACUUGGAGUAGAUAUCAGUAUUAAACUGCUUUGUGAAGGUAACGACAAAAAAAGAAGAGCUUUUUCCGAACAAGAAAUACUAUAGCUAUUUCACAUUAAUUUGAGAAAACAACAGGCAGUUUCCUCUGAAAAUGACAAACACAAGUCGAAAGUGUUAUAUAAUAAUUUCAUUUGUGUUUUUCAUUCUCACCAUUGCGUCUAGUAGGAGCUCUACUUUUUUUCUGUCAAGGCAAACUCUUGCUCUUUUAUUUUUGUGACAAAUUGCUAUUAUUAUUACUGUUGUUGUUAUAUAUUAUGAUAUUUACGUUUUUUAUAUAUUUGUAUAUGCUAAUUGUUUUAAUUACUUCAAUUUAAAAUAAACCAUUUAGAUUUAUUUUUAUUUCUUGACAGUACUACAUAUUACCACAUGUGCCCUGCUCUAGCUAAGUGAGACACAUGGGUAAAAACAUAAAAUUUAAAACGCAAAUAAACAUGCAUACAUAUAAAUUCUACAUUCAAUAACCUUUAAAUUUAUCUUAUAUAAUAUGAAAUAUUUAGCUUUGAAAUUGUUAUCAUCUUUCAUCGAAAACUUCUAAAAUAUACAUUUUCAUAAGUGUUUGCAUUUUGAGUGGUGGAAAUAUAAAAAUAAAAUUAUAUUUGAAGACCAAUAUGAUGGAAAGCCAAAAUGGGUAAACAAAAUUGUAAUACUAUCCUUUAUAGAGUUGAUAUGUUAAGAUUUUUUGGAAUAUAAAUUAUUUAAAAAAUUAUUUGAAGAAAAAAACGGUAUUAAGAUGUUUGAAAAUAAAGAAAUAUUCAUUUGAAAAGACAA